CAUUUGUCAGAGAUGUAUCAGAUAAGAAUACCAAUAAAAGUAUCAAACUUUUAGCUCCUGUAAACAGAACUUAUGAAGAUUAUGAUUAAGCAUUAGUUAAAACAGCAAUAAGUCUAUGCCCUAUAAACUUUGCGGAGUGUUUGUAUGGCGAACAAAUGAUUUCACUACCUUUGAGAACAUUAAUAUUAGAAAAUAUUUUAGGUAAAUUAAACAUUUCCAAAACUGCUCACAGUAAAAUUUAUAAUAACUUGACCAAAUAUAAAAUACAUUAUCAACAAAUGUGCCAGCAAUUGAUUCAUUCAGAAUUCAGAAAUGAUUUGUCUCACAAAUUCAAACCGAAAGAGCUGAAAAUUCUAUUAACGCCUCUAACUGAUGAAGAAAUCAUUAUGCGGACCAGUCCUGUUGUUGAAAAAGUAAAGAAUCACUUUGAAGAAAUAAGUAAUUCUUGUACAUUGAAUUUGGUUGAAACUCAAGAUAGAAGAUUAGAAAAAUGUGAAGAAAAUGUGUUCAAAGUUUUUAAUGAACAACCACUAUUAGCACCUGUAUACGAAAAUAUUAUUUGCCCUUCGGAAUUAAUAGAAACUAAGAACAUCCAGAAUGUGGAAGGUAACAAAAAAAAUAUAAAUCUUGGAACCAUAACCGUUUGA